UUAGAGGAUUGCCAAAUUUCGGCCAGCUUUCACCUGCCUUCUUCUCUCCCCUGCCGUUGCUGCCUCUUUCUCUCUCCUCUCUGUUGGGGAAGGGGGGAAGAGACCCCAAACCAAGACCUCACCGUCGCCGGCCGUCCGGUCGGGUCCUCUCCGGGCGUAUGGCAAAACGCCCCACCGUGCCCAAGUUCGGCACCUGGGAAAGCGACAAUGUCGGGUACACGGCCUACUUCGACAAGGUGCGCGAGAACAAGGGCGCCACCGCGCCGCCGCUGCACCGGCCGUUCAACCCCAACGACCCCGAGGAGGGACCCAUGAUGAGCGUCCCUCCGCUGUCGUCGUCGUCGAGGCCGGCGACCUCGGGCGGCCGCCGCGAGCAGCAGCAGAGGUGGCCCGACGGGCAGAUCCACCACCGGCGAGCCGGGAGCACCAGCAGCGCGGCGUCGGACCCGGGCGGCAGGGGCGCUGAGCAGAGCAAGUUCGCGCCGCCGCCGCAGUUCCAGCCACGGCCGAGCCCACGGCCAGCGGCGGCACAGCACCAUGGCGGCGGCCACCAUCAGCACCGCGACGGCCAAUACCAGCACCAACCCCAAGCCGCGCACGGGACUGGCGGCGCCGGCGCCCACCGCGCCCAGCAUGCGCAGAGGCAGCACCAGCAGCCGCGCGCGAGGUCCGCCUCGCCGCAGAGCAACGCUCCGAACCGGCAGCGGCCGUCGACGGUGCCCAAGUUCGGCGUGUGGGACGAGCAGACCGCCGCCUCGGCGGCGCAGGGGUUCACGGUGCAGUUCGAGAACGUGAAGCGCCACCGGGAGGUGGCCCGGACCGCCGUGCCGGCCGUGCCGCGCGCGCCGUCGCCGCCGGAGGGCGCCGCGGCGAGGCGCGCCCACCAUCAGAAGACCCCCUUCGUGUCCAAGAUGUUCGGAUGUUUUCUUCCCGCGACCAAAGACCGAGAACGAUGCAUCUGAUGAACAAGCGACCUUACAAUGGCGUAUCUUCAAAAUCCGUUCCCCAUGAUUGUCUUAUGAGGCUUAGCAUGUUCUUUCAUUUCAUUCAUUCAGUUUGUUUGGUGAUCGAGGGCCGGCGCCGGGGGGACAGAAGGUUCAAGUGGGAGAUUUUCAUUACUAUUAUGAUUGGUUUCUACACAUAUCAUGAUGUAUAUUGAUGUGUAUACUGUCCUAUAAUAUAUUUAGAUUAAUUAUCGAGCA